GUAAAAGCCGUAAGGCGGCAGAGCUGGCCUACCGCUUGGCCAUGCUGCCGGCGGACGUCGUUGACGAGAUCCUGCUCCGCCUUCCUGCCAAGUCCAUCGCUCGCUUCCGUGCCGCCUGCAAGUCGUGGCAUGCUCUCUUCUCCGACCGGGUUUUCCUCCGUGCCCACCACGACCAUGCCUCCCGCGCCGUCCUCCUCCGCAAGCGAUCUGGACCUCGCUCCUCCUACGAGUGGGACGACGACAUCUGCGCGCUCCCCUUCGGCCAACGAGCUGCCACACCGAUCGGCCUCGAGAAAUUACGCCGGCGCUGCCGCUUUCUCCUCCACGGUUGCUGCGACGGCUUACUCCUUCUCUCACAAUCACAUCGUCCCAACUACUCCUUCCUGGUGUACAACCCCACGACCCAGGAGCACGUCCCGCUGCCUCGCGACCUCAACUGGAACCUCGCCGUCGCGGGAUUCUACUUUCACGCGCCCACGGCCGAGUACCGCGUCCUCUGCUACAGAUGCGACCGGACAAAGCGCGUGACCCGGAAACACUACGACUACAGCGUGGCGGCGGUGGGGCGGCCGGAGGUCAGGAGGCUCGCCUCCACGACGUACGGAGGCUACACGAGGUGGAAGAACAACGACGCGCCGGUGAUCCUCCACGGCAGCCUGCACUGGAUGAGGAUGCUCCAUCGGUUGAUCGUGUUCGACACGGUGUCGGAGAGGUUCCGCGGCAUGCGCGGCCCGAUGCAAGAUCGCUGCAUGGUCGGACGGCUCGUCGCCAUGGAUGAUGGGAAGCUAGGCGCGUCGUCUUUUGCGGAAGGCGAGCGGACCGUCGAUGUGUGGGUGCUCCGGGACUACCGCAAGGAGACCAGCUGGACUCUCAGGUACAAGGUGGACGUUGGAUUCAUGGGCGGUAGCUCCGUCAAGUUCAAGUGGCUUGGUAUCGCCCACGUGAGCGAAUCAGGGGAGGCGCUCUUCUACGGAGCGCAGCGGUAUGGGAUGUACAACCUCAGGGAGGGGGAAGUGGUGAAAGCUGGCAGGAAGAUUUUCCUUUUUCCGAAGAAGGACGACAGGAAGAUCGAUGCUCGUCUCUCCGCGACGUGGCACGCCUACCGGGAGAGCCUCGUUUCUCCGGUGCCCAAGGACGUGGGUGCUGAUCCUGGGUUGGAAUUUUAUGUUUCGGGAAAAUUCCGGUAA